AUGUCGUCUCCCGCCGCCCAACGUCCCGCCGGCCGCGCUGCCCCGCGCCCUGCGCCCGUGGACACGUUCUCCCAGGGCACCCUCGCCGCGUCCCUCCUCGUGAGCGCCGUCGCCUACGCCGUCAUCGCCGGCGUGGCCUACGGCGACUUCGACACCCUCGUCGCCGGCAACGAGUCGCUCAUCCUCGUCGUCCCCGUCGCCCUGACGCUGCAGAUCAUGGGCCUCCUCAUCGGCAGCCAGGAGAGCCUGCCGCGCGACUACUACAUGCUGGCGCUGCUCAACGGGUCUUUUUACGCCGGCAUGCUGGCCGAGGCCGUGACUGGCGUGACGGGCUUGCUCGUGGGAGGCGAUGGCGCCAAGGCACCGCGGAAGCAGGACUGA